AAGCAAUGCAUGGAUCUUAAGCACUGCUCAUCCUGAAUGUUUGCUUAAGUGAACACUUGUUCUCAGGUUGACAAGACCAUCAUUGUGCCGGGUCAUUUAGUUGGCAAGAUCAUAGGCCCAGCGGGUGCCACCAUCAAGAAGAUGGCCGCAGACACGGGGGCCCAGAUCAACAUGGACUCGGUGGUGCAGCCAGGAGGUGGAAAGGCAGUGGUCAUUACAGCAGCAGAUCCUGCUGCUCGAGAGCGUGCCAAGGCCCAUGUGCAGAACUGGAUCAAAGACAACCAGGCUCCGGCCAUGGGACCUGGCUACCAGCCUGGCUUGGGUGGCAUGCAGCCAAUUGGUGGACUUGGUGGCAAAGGUGGCAUGGGAGGUGGCGGCAAAGGAUUGGGUAUGGGAGGUAUGGGCAUGGGACCUCCGCCUGGAGGUAUGGGUAUGGGUCCCGGUAUGGGCAUGGGUCCGGGACCUGGGAUGGGUGGAAUGGGUCCGGGCAUGGGCAAAGGCGGCAUGGGACCUAUGCCUGGCACAGGUGGCAUGGGCAAAGGUAUGGGCCCGCCAGGCGCCCCUCCCAUGGGAAUGGGGCUUGGCGGCAAAGGUAUGGGCGGCUGUGGUAUGGGCAUGCAGAACAUGCCAAAGAGCACAGGAGGCUUGAUGCCUCAAAACACAGGAAUGAUUCGGCCUGGACAGAUGGGCAUGCCGCCUCCACAAUACUGAGCUGAGAAGCCUAGUGAUCACAGUCUAGAAGCCUAGCUCAGACAAACCUUUGCUAGAUCAAAGAGGAUCCAAGCAAUGCUUAUGCAAUGUCAUCUUCUCUGAUGCAUAGAUCGGGCAGUGAAACGGAGAGAGGCCAAUUGCCAA